AUGAUUGACUGCUGCGAGCAGACGAUGAAGUACCCAGUGCCUUUCCAGACGGCGCCUUUACAGACUGAAAGCCCGGAUGGUGGCUCAAAGUCGAGAGUCCCAUUGUUGCCAGCAACGUACCGAAGAAACUACAAGAUCGAGCCCAUCGGCAACAACAUCGGUGCAUUUCUAGAUAUCGAGCUGAACGUCCGCCGACUAAACGAGGUUCAUGAAUGGCUCUGGCUCGUGGGUUUACCAAGCGCACCACGACCUCUUCAUUACCAAGUAGUGAAGAAACGAGAGAUUGUGGUGACGGAGCAGAUGGACCUGCAUCUUGUUUGGUCAUCAACAUCUUCAUCGUCGAUCCUUCUCAAACCGCUGCCUCGCUUCCUCCUUUGCCCAGACUUCUGGAUCAUGGAGAUUUGCCCACGCCGACACCUGUACGAGACGGCACUGGGCUUUCUAUUGUCGUAUAUUGCGCUCAUCGAAAGAGAAGUCGACUAUAAUCUGGCCAUCUACCACGGCCUCAUCCCCAAAGAGGUUACUUGGUCUGGGUGGCUGGCGCUCGUUGAUGAGGUCGUCUGCGCCUCUGUACAGGCGCACACAAUUGGUGCAUCAACUACAUCAUCUGUAGAUUUGCUGGAAGGACUUCCGGGCGUUAACCAACGCUUCAACUACGGGGAAUUGCGCCUCGGGCGGCUGAAUUGGAUAUAUCGCUUGACCAUGGGCGAGUUUCGCGGGUACCUCAGCGGCUGCACGACGUACGGAGCCUUCAUGCGUGACAACAUCAACAGUCUCAUCACACUGUUCGCAUACACUACCAUCGUGCUCUCCGCGAUGCAGGUUGGGCUUGCGACAGAACCUCUUGCAAACGACUAUUCCUUCGGCAUGGCGUCAUAUGUCUUCUCCAUCUUUUCCAUCCUGGCUCCGCUGGCAUGCAUCGUCGCUAUAUUCGGCGUUAUAGCCAUAAUGUUUGUUAUCAAUUUGGCGCGUACGCUGAGGAUUCGGAGGCAUAAGCGGCGUCAAGGUGUCAAGGUGUGA